CGCAGAGGGAUAUUUGUCGUUUGAAGGUCAUUAGCAGCUUGACCUAGACGAAUAUGAUUACACUGUCUCUCUUGCUGGCACUGUUGAUUGGUGGAAAAGAAGAUGGAGUCUUCCCUGAUUGGCAAUCUAGGGAAAAUCUGAAUGAAAGUCCCAUUGAAUACUUACUCCCAACGUUGGUGAAUUUCUACAAUCAGCAUUCAAGCGAGCCGUUUAAAUAUGUAGCUUUUGACGCCAACGAAACUCUGGUGACUGAUUCUCAUGGAUUUAAGUAUAUCUUCAACGUUCUAUUAGCUCCUUCAACUUGCGCCAAAUACAGUGUUGGCUACGUAUCCCUUGCAAACCUUGGUCGUUGCAAAUUGAGGGAGUAUGAGUUCAGGCGUUGCAUAUUUUCAUUGAGUUACCGCCAGGGUCUGCUGUUUGAUGACAGUAGUUUGUCUCUCGAGGAUUGUAUGCCUGCCACUCCGAAAAUGCCAGAAAACCCCCAGUAUCUAGGCUUUAAACUUCCUGAAAAUGUGGAUGAACUGUAUGCGAAUUUCAAAUGGUCAUACAAGAAACAAUAUCAAGGGACAGAAAAUGAGAUAAGAUUCAAUAUCUUUAAAGCCAACCUACUGAAAGCUCAACUGUAUCAAGUACUCGAAAGAGGUUCAGCUGUUUAUGGUAUCACACCCUUUUCAGAUUUAACAAGUGAAGAAUUUGCACAUACCCAUCUAAUGGCCUCUUGGGAUUCACCGCUUAAAAGUAGUGAAAGGAUUUCUUUGACUGGAAAAGUUGAAGAUAUACCAGAUAAUUUUGAUUGGAGAGAAAAAGGUGCUGUGACUGAUAUUAAAGACCAAGGCAUGUGUGGCUCUUGUUGGGCAUUUUCAACUACUGGGAAUAUUGAAGGCCAGUGGUUCCGUAAAACUGGAAAACUGUUAUCAUUAAGUGAACAGCAACUUGUUGAUUGUGAUAAAUUAGACGAUGGUUGUGGCGGUGGUUUGCCAUUGAACGCUUAUGAAUCAAUUAUUCGUAUGGGUGGACUAAUGACUGAAGAUACUUAUCCAUACGAUGCUAAAGAUGAAAAAUGUCAUUUAAAAAUUAGUAAUAUUGCUGCCUACAUUAAUAGUUCUGUUAGUUUACCAGAAGAUGAAAAUCAAUUAGCUAUUUGGUUAUAUCAGAAUUCAACAAUCAGUGUCGGAAUGAAUGCAAUGCUCCUGCAGUUUUAUCGACAUGGAAUUAGUCACCCGUGGAAAAUCUUCUGCUCAAAAUAUAUGCUUGAUCAUGCCGUUCUACUUGUUGGUUAUGGAGUUUCUGAAGAGAAUAUACCCUAUUGGAUUGUUAAAAAUAGUUGGGGAGUUGAAUGGGGUGAAAAGAUAUCUGAAUGAAUAUUUUUGUGCUAUUACUUUCCAUGACACACAAAUGCAGUAUCUGGUGUAUAAACGUCUAAUGAACAAUAGAUGUUUGGCUGAAGUCUCACUGAGAACAUCAUCAUUUAUUCGAUACCAGUGUAUAUGGUUGAUGAUUCCCAAAAAAGACGAAACUCCAGCUUCUCUAUAUUCAAGUUUAUAUGAAUCUCAAGUUUAAAUUAUAUGAUAAUAAAAUAACGAUGAUCAUUAUUAUAUGUGUAUACACGUAUAAGCAAUAAUGUGGUAUGCAUACUACACUUUCAUUUUAUACAAAAACUGCACAUACAUGAUCCUAGCAAAACAAAAAUGAUCCAUGUAGAUCAGUUGAAUAAGUAAAAAUUGAAAGCUAGUUUUUUUUUCUCUUCUAAUCUAGACACCAUCAUUCAUUAUUUCACGCAUAAUGAGAUGAUAAGUAUUUAAAUACUUUAUAUCUAUUGUGAAUUCUUUAAUUCAAAUAAUCCGCACUAUGUAAUUUAAACAAAAGAGUUAUGAGUGUGUGUGUGUGUAUAUCGCAUGAGUCAGUCAUCCCUUGAAUUUCAUUCGCAUCACAUGUAUUUUUCUCUAGUUAGUUAGUUAGUUAGUUUGGUAUGUUUAUUGUUAUAUUUAUGUAUAUAAUAUAUGUCUAAGUUAUCAUUUUAUAAACUAUAAUUGAGUGAAGUGUUUAUUUGUUGGUUUUUCGAACGUUACAUCCGCUU